CGAUAUCGUUGUACUUCCAACGACAAAUCAAAGAUGUCUGAAAUCUGAGGAAACGAUUGAAAAAAGUACUACACAAUAUCCGUGCAAAUCUUCCGUAGGCUCAAGAAUAUCACGAUAUACUAAUUAAUUUCUGAACGUUCUGAAAUUCAUGCUACAACUGACAUCAAUAUUUAUCUACCAAAGUGUUAAGGUCGACAGUAUUUUUUACCAACAAACGGCACGGAAAAUUGACUGCAUUUGCCAAAAGGUACACGCAGUACGUACGCAGUAUAAACGAACACUACACCGUACAUACUGUGCAUGUACUGUGAAUAAUGGCUACUCGUCUAGACGGAUUUUGAAUUGUGCUAUGACUGAAACAACCAUGAAUUUUGUGCUUGGACUCGGAGCCUCUUACAUGUACGCCAUGUGAAUUGAAGUUCUUGGACAGUUGACUAAUUCAUAUUCGUCUCCUCAUUCGACAUCGGUGCUUGUUUGGACAUUUUGGUUACAAUUUCAACUGGCUGUUGGCUACCGGUACAGUACUGUACUGGUCGAUAAGGGAAGAGACGGGGUAGACACGCCACGCAUGCAGCGCAGUGCUUGUUGAGUGGCGACCAUACGGAGCGGUUUUGCCUGGGCCUCUGAGCCCGGCGCGUUUCCGUGAUGGUGUACCGUUCGACAAAGCCCGCUGUCGUGAUCUGACUAGUGCUGGCCAGCUUUACCGUCAACGAACACAUGACGAACAAAUCGAACGCAAUUGAUGGACUGUGUGUAGACUACGUGUGAUUUCUUCCUGAGUGCUUCACUUUCAGAUUUGAAUGAAACUCAUGCUUUUCAAAUAUUUUUUUGUGUGAACACAGGAUUACAUGUGAGUGACUGACUGAAAGGUGAAAGACGUGUGCCAACACAUAAAAUACAAUAUGCCAAGCAGUCAUAAGAAUCGGGGUGGAAGCCCCAGUUAUUAUCAUGAACACAGAGAUAGCCCUAGCAAGAGGAAACAUAGCAAGUCCUCAAAGUCUGGACGACACAAAAGUAAACGCUCGCGGGACAAGGUCAAGGAACAAGUUGUUAAACCUUUGGUAGAGUAUGACGAUAUUAGUAGUGAGGACUAUUCUUUAAGCCCCGUACCUUCUCCGCCACCGCAGAAGAGUAGACCGUCCCCUGACCCUCCGAAGAAACGGAGACAUGUGUCCCCAGCAACGGCGAUUAAAAAUUAUGCGACUCAACAAGGGAGGGAUUCUCCGCAUUCUUCAAACUCUAGGAGUUCUUCCUCAAGAAGGCCGCCCUCCCCUGAACCUUACCCUGUGUCGCAAAAGAGUUACUCAUCUUCCAGACAUGGAAGAUCCAAUGAAGCCUCUAGGCCAAGGGCUUAUCAAAGCUCUCCCCCUCCUCCAACCAGAUACCACAGUCCACCACCCAGGUACUCGGCAUCUCCAAAGCGAUCUAAACAAUCAAAGAGUAAGCAAAAGUAUAGGAAAUCGCCUAUGAGAAGCAGGAAGAACAGAAGUCCAAGUCCGGACUAUUACCAGAUGUCCAGGCAAAGCAACAAGUCAAGAAGUAGAAGUCCCUCCUACAGCAAAUCUAAAACUAAAAGCAGGAAGAAGCAUCAGAAGGUAUCCCGGUCUCCCAGUGGCAGUCCUUACCGAAGACCUAAACACACUCCGUCCAGAUCCCCUUCACCUCCGCCUUAUCGUAGCAAGAAACGGGCACGGAGCCCUUCACUUGAUUUUCCUGCUACCAAGUAUCAUUCUUCCAUUGGAGGAGAAGUCCUCAAGUACAGGAAGAAAAAUAUUCAGGCUGUGAAGACCAAGGAAGUCAAACAGGAGAAGGAACCUUCUCCAGAACCAAUGCCAGAACCUGUCAAGGUCAAAAUGCCAAAGCCAGAAAGCCCAAUGAUUUUUACAAUUAAAAAUGACCUGAAGGAGAAGGAAACUGCCUCACCUCAGCGGACAGUUGUGGAAUUGCCAGAUAGAGGCCUUGUUAUAAAGAAAGAAAUAAAACCAGUUGUGCCGUCUCCUGUCCCAGCACCUGAACCUGAACCAAAAAGAUCCUCUCCUCCCCCAAGGCAAGCUCCAGCAAAACCACCUUUGCCCCUCCCGCCUACGAUAGAUGCAGUGGACAGUCCUAUGAGAGUGGUGAAAGAUAAAGGUGAUGUUGCAGAGCGGAUGCGAAAUCUAUCCAGGGAUCGAGCAAGAUCAAGGACAUCAAUAUCAGAUCUUCCACUCCCUCCGAUGGCUCCAACUCCUGAAGAAUCGCCAGUGGACACUCCAUCACCUCAGACGCAGCCACGGUCAAAGACCAAGGAGAAGGAGGCGAAAGAAUCUAAGGUUGACCUUGGGAAGCGGGAGAUGAUCAGACAGCGGAGGGCAAAGUUAGCUGGAAGCUCCUUGGAUUGGGGAGAGAGGUGUGUUGAUGUCUUCGAGAUCAUCAACCAGAUUGGAGAAGGAACCUAUGGCCAAGUGUAUAAGGCUCGGGACAAAGAUACAGGUGAACUGGUAGCUUUGAAAAAGGUGAGGACAGACAAUGAGAAAGAGGGCUUUCCAAUCACAGCCGUCAGAGAGAUUAAGAUCCUGAGGCAGUUGAACCAUGACAGUGUAGUCAGGCUCCAUGAAAUUGUCACGGAUAAACAGGAUGCACUUGACUUUAAAAAGGACAAAGGAGCCUUCUACCUGGUAUUUGAGUACAUGGACCAUGAUCUGAUGGGACUACUAGAAUCAGGACUUGUGAACUUCAGCGAGGAACAUGUCCGUAGCUUCAUGAAGCAACUUCUUGAUGGCCUGAACUACUGUCACAAGAGGAACUUCCUGCACAGAGAUAUUAAAUGUUCUAAUAUCUUACUGAAUAACAAGGGCCAUAUCAAGCUGGCUGACUUUGGUUUAGCAAGAUUGUACCAUGCUGAUGACAAGACCAGGCCUUACACCAACAAAGUCAUCACCCUCUGGUACCGGCCACCAGAACUCCUGCUCGGAGAAGAGCGUUAUGGUCCAGCAGUAGAUGUCUGGAGCUGCGGCUGUAUCCUUGGGGAGCUCUUCACACAAAGACCCAUUUUCCAGGCCAACCAGGAGUUGGCCCAGCUGGAGCUGAUCAGCAGGAUCUGUGGCACACCUACCCCAGCAGUCUGGCCGGAAGUCAUUCGCUUACCCCUCUUCAACACCAUGAAGCCCAAGAAGAUGUAUAACCGUAGGCUCAGAGAAGAAUUCUCCUUGUUACCCAAAGAUGCCCUUGAUCUAUUAGAUGGAAUGUUGACCCUUGACCCUGAUAAGAGAACCACUGCUGAAGAUGCGCUGAACUGUAUCUGGCUGCAGGCUAUCAACCCAGGAAAACUGACCCAGCCAGACUUGCCACAUUGGCAGGAUUGCCAUGAACUGUGGAGUAAGCGCAGACGGCGACAGGAAAGGCAGCAACAGCAGCAGGCAGCUGCUCAGAAUCGAGCAGGCAAUGGGACGGAGCAAAGCCACUCUAAAUCCAGUCGCAAAGAGCCCCUGCCUCCUGCAGUAACCGAGGAAGAAGCUACUCAUAUACCUGGACUAGGGUCAGAAGAGUCAGGUAGCUCAAAGAGAGGAAGCAGAGCCCCAAGUCGGUCCAACACACCCCAAGCCUCCAAAGAGAGUAAGGAUCCUUCGGGAGAUGGAGGGAAAGGGUCAGGAGAAAAGAAGCUUGCCAAGUUGAUAAACCUGCUACAGGCUCAGCCCCAGCUGGAUGUCAACAAACUUGCAGAAACCCUCAAUGUGCAAGUUGAUGCCUCCACAAUCAAGCUCUUGGAGAACCUGAACAUGCAGCUUUUAAUUGCAGCACAUGCAACCAAACAAAAGUCCAAAGAAGAUGAGGCGAAGCCAGCACCGUUGCCUAAUAAAGAAGUCACUACAGAUUUGCUUGUCAAGGCCUUGGAAGGGUCCAAAGGAACAGGUGGUGCCCUGGAGCAGGUGUUUGGGACUUCAUCAUCGGAGCAGAAAAAGCAUGCUAAGGAAAUUGCAACCUCUCUUGCCCAAUAUGUCUCUGCCCUGUUUGGUAAACCAGUCAAUCCUUCAAAAGGGGCAUCUGACCCAGCCCCCUCUAGUGUCACGAGUCAGGGUAAAGGUUAUGGAAAUGCCCAACAAAGCACAUCAAUCAUCACUCCACCCUCGGACUCCCGUAGCUCUUUUGCGGACAAUUAUGGCAAUUCUCAGGGAGGAGAAUCUUCCAGUAUGUCAUAUUCAAGGGAAAACUCCAGACCAGAUUUUGGUGUGUCGGAUGACUCGCAACAGAGCUGGAAACCCCCAACUCCUCUGGGGCCACCACCAGAGUCACCAGAAGCGGAAGAGCAGGAGCAGCAACAUGCAGAAGAUACCAAUUUGGUGACUCCCGGUGUAAAGGCUGCCUUGAUGCAGAUGAUUGCUCAGCAGGGUUUAUCUGAGCUGGGUAUCGAUCAGCAGCCUGUGGACCCUAACUUGCCCCCACCGCCAGAACCGGCCCUUCCACCCCCAGACAGUGCACCUCAGGAUCCCUUCCUACCUCACUCAAAACCCAUCUUUCCCAGUGGACAGUACUGCAAAGAUGACCCAUCCAAGGCAUCAGGAAGUGGAGACAGAGGGAACUUGUUCCCUGCAGGGAAGAACAAGGGUAAAACUUGGGGUCCUCUUCCUUUCAAUCGAGGGGGUGGUAGAGGAGGGUUCAAGGGAUCACAUCGAGGUAAUAAGAAGGGUCCAGUAGGGCCAGGGACAGGAUGGUCAUGAUGAUUGUGAAAACAAGAGUUACUUUUAUUUUUACAGUCUUCUUGUAGACAGCGAGAAUAUAUCAUGAUUUAGGUAUGAUAACUGUCUUAUUUAGAUGUUCCCUUGAUCUCUCGUUUUGUACUAGAAGGAUCAGCUGAUGAAAAUUUUUUAAAAGUGUGACAUGACAUAUUUAUCAAAAGUGGAUUUGUGCUUUCCUAUGUUAUAAAUAUAUCUCAAAAUCACCCAAUGUAACUGAUUAUUUGCUACAUGUGUCAUAAGUUCUCAUGUUUUGCACUACAAGAUUUAAACAAACUAAAUUACAUGUAGCAGAAGCCCUCAACAGAAAAGAAAGUAGGAUUGUAUCAAGUUAAGUGAGCUUGACCUAAUGAAACAUGCGUAGUUGCCAAUUGUAUGUUAUAGAGUAUCGUAAACAAAGUUUUUUCAGAGAAAUUAUUCCUUCUAUCAAGUUUUAGAUAUAUGGCAAGACCACAUGUUUUUAAUUCCAGCUCCAUUGGAUUUGCCUUUUUAUAAAAUUGGCUAUCGAAAAUAAAAUGGGCAGUACAGUGACCAUUGUUUGAGAUUAUUUGACGAUUAUUCAUUUGGAAUGAUAAGUCUCCAUAUUUCUGCUGGCCAUAAUCAGUAUUGUCCAGCCUUAGUAAAGAGGAAAUGAUUGCAAUAUUCUUGAUGGGGAAUAAUGAAAAUAUCAUAACGGGAUAAAUCAGAGAUGAUCUUGUUAUUUCUUUCUACCCAAAAUUCCUGUGAAAAAGGGACGGCACCUAAUGGUAAUAACUUUAUCAGUAAUUGCAGUUAUCAAAUUAUAAUUUAAGUUCCGUUUCAUCCCAUUAAUUGAGAAUGCAUCCAAUUUGAAGUGGUCAGGAUGUUAAGUUUUUUGACAGAAAUAGGAAGUUCAUCCAUUUCUAUAAAUAAAUCUAAUUUAAAAAUAAUCUAAUUUCCAACACACUUUUUGAUAACUUUCUACUUUAACUUUGUCUGCAAAAGGAUCUAUUCUAGGAAACUUUCUUAUCAAUUCUUGGCAUCCCUAAAGGGGCUGUCAUUACCAGAAAUCUAGUCAGCACAUGCCGGUGCCAUGUUGCAAGCCAUUCAAUCCUAUUUCUUGGUAACCUUAAAUGAGAAACAAAUUAUCUGUUACAAAGAAGGUGUGAUUCUUGAUAUUAUGAGAUGGAUUAAAUUACAACAGCUUAGCAUAUGCUGGCUAAAUGCCCCAUAACUUUUUAAAGAUUUAACUUCAUGUUUGUCACCUAUCUUUUUUGGUUGGCAGACAAAUUCUUAUUUUUGUUCCUCAUACAAUAGAUAUAUUUUUAGAUAAUAAUCUGUUAGGAUAUUCAUCCAUAGCAUUGCUCAUCUAAUGAAACAGAGACCGAAUAGAAGAAUCUUUAUUGGCCGGCACCCCAGAGCAGAUGUCUUGGUACAGAGAGAGAGACAGAUCUUCAUUUUGCAUCACUACCUAGGCAGCUUUUAAAUUGAUAUCUUUCUGAGGAGGGUGAUUAUAUUUCAAUCUGUUUAAUAUAUUUACAUGUGUAAGUUCUUGCAUUUUACAUAAUUUCUAAAUAGAUUAUGAUAAAGAUGUUAUCGAGGUUUAUUAGGCACUUUGCAACACAACUCUGUGUGACGUGAUUAUUUAGCCAUGAACAAGUCCGUAAUGCAGAUGCAUACUUAGCCCCCCCCCCCCCCAUUAAAUAUACCUGGUCUUGCCUUGGAAGAAAAAAAAAUUGCAGGUAACAUGACACAAUUUUAGUUUCAAACCUAAAGAUGCCUGUUGCAGCGUGAGGAAGGAACUAGUUUUCAGAUUAUACCAAAAUUAAAAAAAAGGUCACAAUAUAAUAAUAAUUAGCAGUAACACUGAUCAGAGAUUUGAUUUGAUAGUAGGGUAGUAUGGUAGGAUCUUUUAAUAUUGUCAAAUGUUAAAGUGUCCAAUAUAGUCGCAUCUCCAGCUACAUUCUAUGUUAAUGGUGACACAGUCACCUUUUUCCUCAUGUUUUUAAAAACAAGAUGUGAAGUAUUUCCUAGUUCAUUAGAAGGAAACCUGUUCAUCAUGUUUUUUUUUUAUGAAAGAGUUAUCAAGAGAUCUAUGUGUAGACUUUAUUUCUUUGUAGUUAGUUGUAAUAUAGAUCCUGAUUUUAGAUGAAAGCUAAGAAUCUAAUGAUUUAAACAUUUUUGUAACUUGUAAAUUUAUGUGUGACUUCGGAUGAUAGUACUCUGUGUGUGCUUUAUGCACUUUGCUUUUUUUGAUGUCACACAAGAAGAUAUUCUUAUGAGCUGGCCAUAUUAAGAGCUGUAAUUAUAAAGAUUUUCUCCUCUAGAUAUUUUUUAAGCCAGUCAGAUGUUAAUCAGAGACAAAAGUUACUUUGCAAACCAGUGCAAGUGUAAUAUGUAAAUCGUAAGGAAAAUUGAAAUUUCUGUGAUGUGUUGAUAAGCAAAGAAAGAAAUUAAAAAUAUGUAAAUGACA